CCGGUCCCGCGCCCGCCCCGCCGGCGAUGGGGCUGCGCUGAGGCCACCGGUGACUCAGACGUUUUAUAUAUGGGAUUUGUCCACACACUGGCUCUUCAGACAGGAGAUGUCUCCCACUGCUGAUGCUGUGGAGGUCGUUCAGUUCCCAGGAGGCACAAAAGCACUGCAAAGUAUCAUUUAAGUGGAGCUAUUUAAGGUCUUCCAUAUCUCAAGUCGAGAAGUUCCAUAUCAUACUAAACAUGGAGAAAGAAGAAAAGAAAUAUGUCAAUAAAGCAGAGGAAGAUGAGAUGGAGAUCUAUGGCUAUGAUCUGUGUCGCUGGAAGUUGGUGCUAGUUACUGUAGGAGUGAUCUGUUCUGGUGGAUUUCUUCUCCUCCUCCUCUACUGGAUGCCUCAGUGGCGUGUGAAAUCAACGUGCAAAAGGACUACGCUCAAAGACUGUGAAGUGGUUCUGCUGAGAACAACUGAUGAAUUCAAGAUAUGGUUUUGUGCAAAGGUUCGCGUUAUGCCUUCUUUGGGAGCCAAUCCCCUACAAAAUCCUAACCGUAUAGUACACAAGGUUUCAAAUGGCCAUCCUGUUCAUUUCUGUGAAUCUGCCGCAGAAGAGAAUAAAAACGAUUCGAAAAAAUAUUUGCCUAUUCGUUAUUUCACGCAUCACAGUGUGAAGUAUUUUUGGAAUGAUUCAGUUCAAAAUUUUGAUGUUGUACGAGGUCUAGAUGAAUCUACAUUCUGCUCUGCAAUUCACAAUGAACACAGCACAGGGCUGACAAAGGAAAUGCAUGAUUACAGAAGAGCAUUCUAUGGAGUAAACGAAAUUGCUGUGAAAGUGCCUUCCAUUUUUAAGCUUCUGGUUAAGGAGGUUCUCAACCCUUUUUACAUUUUCCAGUUGUUCAGUGUGAUAUUGUGGAUCACUGAUGAGUAUCACUACUAUGCAUUAGCAAUUGUGAUCAUGUCUGUAAUAUCCAUUGUUAGCUCACUCUACACCAUUAGAAAGCAAUAUGUUAUGUUACAUGACAUGGUAGCAGCUCACAGCAUUGUAAGAGUUUCUGUCUGCAGAGGAAACCAAGAAAUAGAAGAAAUCCUUUCCACCGACCUUGUGCCUGGAGAUACCAUGUUGAUUCCAUCCAAUGGGACAAUUAUGCCCUGUGAUGCUGUACUUCUCAGUGGUACUUGCAUUGUAAAUGAAAGUAUGCUAACAGGUGAAAGUGUUCCUGUAACAAAGAUUAAUCUGCCAAAUCCUUCAGAAUAUCCGAAAGCAGUGGGAGAUGAACUCUACAGUCCUGAAGUGCACAAACGGCACACUCUGUUCUGUGGAACCAAUGUCAUUCAAACCCGGUUCUACACUGGAGAGUUGGUCAAGGCUGUGGUAGUGAGAACAGGCUUUAGUACUGCUAAAGGACAGCUUGUUCGUUCCAUACUAUAUCCAAAGCCAACUGAUUUUAAGCUCUACAGAGAUGCCUAUUUGUUUCUCCUGUCUCUGGUGGUGGUGGCAGGCAUUGGAUUUCUUUACACAGUUGUCAAUAGCAUCUUAAAUGAGGUUCCAGCUCAUACCAUCAUCAUUGAGUCUCUUGACAUUAUCACUAUCACGGUGCCUCCAGCACUCCCUGCUGCCAUGACUGCUGGCAUCGUUUAUGCACAAAGGAGGCUGAAGAAAAUUGGCAUCUUCUGCAUCAGCCCACAAAGGAUAAAUAUUUGUGGCCAGCUGAAUCUUGUGUGUUUUGAUAAGACUGGCACACUCACUGAGGAUGGCUUGGAUCUUUGGGGAAUUCAACGGGUGAAAAAUGCUUGUUUCCUUUUGCCGGAAGAGAGGCCUUGCAGUGAGAGCUUGCAGAAGUCCGAGUUUGUUGCUUGCAUGGCAACUUGUCAUUCCCUUACAAAAAUUGAAGGGGUGCUUUCUGGGGAUCCACUUGAUUUGAAGAUGUUUGAAGCAAUAGGAUGGAUUUUAGAAGAAGCAACUGAAGAGGAAACAGCCCUUCAUAACCAAAUCAUGCCGACAGUGGUUCGACCUUCAAAACAACUUUCUCCAGAAUCCAAACAAGCAACAGAUCAAGAAAUGGAAUUGUUCGAGCUUUCGACUGGUUAUGAGAUUGGAAUUGUGCGCCAGUUCCCAUUUUCCUCAGUUUUGCAGCGUAUGUGUGUAAUAGCAAGAGUUCUAGGGGAGAAGAGGAUGGAUGCUUACAUGAAAGGUGCCCCAGAAGUGAUUGCCAGCUUGUGUAAGCAGGAAACAGUUCCUGUUGACUUUGAGCAUGUCCUGGAAGAAUACACUAAGCAGGGCUUCCGAGUUAUUGCUCUUGCUCAUAGAAAAUUGGAGUCUAAGCUUACAUGGCACAAAGUCCAGACUAUUAAUAGAGAUGCUGUUGAAAGCAACAUGGAUUUUAUGGGGUUAAUUAUAAUGCAAAACAAGUUAAAGCAAGAAACCCCUGCUGUACUUGAAGAUUUGCAUAAAGCCAACAUUCGCACUGUCAUGGUUACAGGGGAUAACAUGUUAACUGCUAUCUCUGUGGCCAGAGACUGUGGAAUGAUUCUACCUCAAGAUAAGGUCAUUAUUGCUGAAGCACUACCUCCAAAGGAUGGGCAGGCUGCCAGGAUCAACUGGCAUUAUGCAGAUACCCUCGCAAAAUGCACUAGUUCAUCACCAGCCAUAAACUCAGAGGAUAUUCCAGUUAAAUUGGUCCAUGAAAGCCUUGAGGAUCUCCAGAUGACAAAAUAUCAUUUUGCAAUGAAUGGAAAGUCAUUUGCAGUGAUUUUGGAGCAUUUUCAAGACCUGGUACCCAAGCUUGUGUUACAUGGCACUGUGUUUGCCCGCAUGGCGCCUGAUCAGAAAACUCAGUUGGUGGAAGCUUUACAAAAUGUAGAUUACUAUGUGGGCAUGUGUGGAGAUGGAGCAAAUGACUGUGGCGCGCUAAAGAGGGCACAUGGUGGUAUAUCUCUGUCUGAACUUGAGGCUUCUGUGGCAUCACCAUUCACUUCCAGGACACCCAGUAUUUCCUGCGUGCCAAAGCUGAUCAGGGAAGGCCGUGCUGCUUUAAUAACUUCCUUCUGUGUAUUUAAAUUCAUGGCAUUAUACAGCAUUAUCCAGUACAUCAGUGUUACUCUGCUAUAUUCUAUCCUGAGCAAUUUGGGAGAUUUCCAGUUUCUCUUCAUUGAUUUAGCAAUCAUUUUGGUGGUUGUCUUCACUAUGAGUCUGAACCCUGCUUGGACAGAACUUGUUGCGCGAAGGCCUCCGUCAGGUCUUAUCUCAGGUCCACUUCUGUGUUCCGUUUUGUCUCAGAUCAUCAUCUGCCUUGCUUUCCAAACCAUUGGGUUUUUUUGGGUCAAACAGCAGUCCUGGUAUGAACCUUGGACAGAGGACUCUGAUGCAUGUAACGUACUGGACAUCAUGAACAACAGCUCUGCACGCCAUGGGAAUGAGACUCUUCAUGAUGAACAUUACAUUAAAAAUUACGAAAACACAACUUUGUUUUUUAUAUCCAGCUUUCAGUACCUCAUAGUGGCAAUUGUUUUUUCUAAAGGAAAGCCCUUCAGACAACCAUGCUACAAAAAUUUUCUGUUUGUUAUAUCUGUGAUAGUUCUUUAUGUCUUCAUAUUUUUCAUCAUGUUGCAUCCUCUAGAAUCUAUUGAUGCAUUUCUUGAGCUCGUGUGUGUGCCAUAUGAGUGGCGCCUAAAGAUUCUCAGCAUCGUUAUCAUCAAUGCAAUUGUAUCUGUGCUGGUGGAGAAUGUCCUCCUUGAUAUGAUCCUUUGGAAGGUUGUGUUCAAUCGAGACAAACAAGGAGAAUAUCGCCUCACCAUACCCCAACCACCCCAGGAGGCUGUGGACCGCUGUGGAGUCUAUUUCCUCUCUUCCCUGUUUGGCUGUAGAGAGAAGACACCAAAAGCCAAGUAUAUGCACCUAGCUCAGGAACUGCGAUUUGAUCCAGAAUGGCCACCAAAACCCAGGACAACAACAGAAGCAAAAGUACCAUCCCAAGAGAAUGGUUCAUAUCAAAUCAUCACUGUAACAUAGCAGUGGAUCUUGGUGGCAUGUAUUUUUAGUAGUAUGCAGAAGAAUGUAAUUUUAAGGCUUUAUUUGAAAUUGCAGUGUGCUAAAUGUCAAAUUCUAAUGCAGAUAUUUCCAACUGGUUUGUCUCUCUGAAUACAAAAUUCAGAGCCAGACAUCUUAUGGUUAUACAUUUUAAAAAUGUAGGUUACCUUAGGCAGAACAAAAAUGAUUGUGUUUCCUUCCUUCAUAUUCCUUCUUUCAAAUUUCAUUGUUCCUGAAUGAGAUGCGUUUGAAGGUUUAAACUGCAGGGCAGUUAAAACAGAUUCACAUUAUUUGCCUGGAGUAUCUUAAUCAUUGUUCUAACCUGCUUACCUGGGCACAUGUUCAUGUAAACCCUAUGAUAUAAUGGUUUCCUUGUUGUACUAGAGGUACUUUGUCAUGCUUUUGGGUUUUUUGGUGUUUGUUUUUUGUUUGGUUGGUUGUUUUCUUUGUUUUUGGGCUGUUUUUUUUAUCCUGACUGAUGAAAAGCUUUGUGCCUCAGAACGGUUCUAAAGUUUCGAUGUGUGUACCUCUUAAGUUUGUCCGUAUUGAUAAGGAGUGUUUCCAAGUGUAAUGUUUGGGGUUUCAGUUCAAUUCUUUAGUCUGCCACAGCAGAAUUCAGAAUGCUGUAGAAGCAAUAUGCUCUGCCCUUAAGAAGAAAGCACACUGCUUUCAAGUGGGUUCUUGCUAGGAGUUUUCUAGCUAACCCCAAGGAAGGGAGGUGGCCUCUAGACAAGGAGGCAUUUGGCUACACCCUAAAGUUUUUGGAGGAGGAAGGCUGGAGAAUCUAAAUACUUUCUUCUAUGUCAUGUUUUAUUACAUUUAGCUAUGCAUUUCUCCGUAGACCUUGCUUUUUCUAGCAGAAGGGUUGGAUUAUCCUUGGUGGACCAUGUUUUGUUUGUAAGUCUCAAGAUAAUUUUCCUAUGUACCUUGAAGUAGUAAGGCCAGAGUUACUGCUUCAGGGGAAAUGGGAGUUGGGAGGAGGUCGAUUUUCACAUGCCCCUGGGGUUUGUGCACAUUAAGAACAUGGCACUUCAAAGAGUCUGCCAGUGACUUAAGCGCUAUAUGUAGCUGUAUGAAACAAAAUUAAGACAAAAUUGAGCUAAAAUCUGUCUUGCUGCAGAACUAUAAGGCUUAAGUAGAUUUUAUUUAUUAAAAAAAUAUAUUAAAAAAAAAAAGCUUGAAAGCUUGCAUCGCCACUAAUGUUGCUUAAGCACUUGGGGUAGCCAUAUAUCAUUUUGCCAUGAGGCAGUAUCAGAACACAAUACCACUAGAAAAAUAGGUCUGCAAAGAUGUAGAGGCAGGCAUCAUUUUCACUUGCAAGGCUUAAAACUUCUGGAGUUUUUGUUUGUUUUUUUUUUAAACACAAAUUACUUUUCCAAACAAUCGACAACUUUGUAAAUGUUUAGAAAAGUCUUCUUUAGUGUCUUUGGGAAGAUGAUAAAUAUUGAGUCUUGAUCUUCUGUUUUGACCAGAUGCAACUGACUGGUCCAGACACCUCCAAGCUUUGGGACAGGAUCUGGGAUGUGAAGAAGUCACAAUUCUGUAGAGAUAUUUAGAGAAGGAAGUCAGGUUCUUUAGAAUAGUUGUGGAAUGAGGGCCCCAAACUCACUGGCUGUCUGGAUUGUUUUGAAAUGUGUGUAUUCUGAUGAUGGAAUUUGAGGUUUUGAUGUUAUGGAUUUUUUUUCCCUUGGGUUGUCUUGUUGCUUUUGUUUUUCUGUGUUUUUUUUUUUUUUUUUUUUUUUUUGGUUUUUUUUUUUUUUUUUUUUGUUUUUGUUUUGUUUUUUUGUUUUUUUUUUUUUUUUCUUCUGAAAUUCCUGUGGAGACAAUUCCAUUCCAGCCUUGUUUUAAUGAGUGGAAUUUUUCAGAUCAGACCUAAUUCCCUUGUGCUGUUCCGUAAGGCAGUGUGGACAGUGUCCCUGCUGCUCUUAGAAUCAUUAAGGUCAGAAAAGACCUUUAAGAUCAUCAAGUCCAGCUGUAAACCAUGUUAUUGUCAGUUGUCAAUCAUGUUAUGGUUUCUGCAGUGUUAAACAUACUGUGCCAACAGGGAAUUUAAAAGUGGUGCUAAAUGGUUUGGAAGACCUUUUCCUAGAACUUGGAGGUUGAAGUUACUAGAACUUGCUCCUCAGAAAUAGUAUGCAUGGUGUACUAUCUCCAGUCCAGCUGUCAGCUCUUCCUGAUUUUUUGUUGUUGUUUUUGAGGAGUGGAGCGGGAGGAAAGGGGAAGUGGUUUUCUUAGCAUUCAUUCAACAGGACAAUGUUCUUAUUAUCCUGGCUUCUUAAGGUCAUAAACAUCGAACAACAUUGGUAGCUUUUAAGGGGUCUGCUGUUGUGGACUUGGAUAAACUUAUCAGUAAUGAACUUGAAUCAGCUGACUAAUUUCUGCCAAUGUUGAUUUUACAAAAUCUUUGUAGCAUGGAAUAACUGAUGAAGAAUAAAUCUUAGCUGCAUAAGUAGUAUUCAAAUUAAAGAAAAAUAAUAUUUUAGUUGAAAAACGUUGUGAAGCUAUGCAUCUUGGACCUGGGAGCUGUGACUUAUCCUUAAACGCAUAAGCUUCUGCUUUCCAUUUCAUUGACCAUUUUAGAUUUGCUGUUCCAUGAGAAGUCAAAGAAAAUAUUUGUGUCUUUCCCUUUUAUAUGCUUUUGCUUAAUACUUUCUCUAAUCUGAUAAAUUCUCUUGGCUUGUUUGGUUUCUGAAGUUUUCCAGUCUUAUUCAGUUUAUUAGACUUACCUAGAAAGCGAGGAAGAAACAGCUUGUUAAGGUGGACUUGUCUUCAGAGAACAUUAUAGGAAACUCUUACUAAAACUGAAAUUGCCAAGUGUGUCUCAGUUGAGUGACUAAUGGGUCAUGAGCACAGUAAACUUGGAUGUUUUGCAAAUGGGAGCUGUUUUCCUCAAGGUCUGCGUUCAGGGUUGGUAAAUGUUCCUGAGGUUGCAUGCUUGAGCUCUGACGCUUGGUCAGAAAUAAUAAAUCAGCUUUUUUGAGAAUCAUUCUUCUUGUUGCAAGUUCAACCACAAAAUAAGCUUUUGCAUUUUCUGCAAUUAUUGGGAUUUAUGCCUUCCUGCCCAAGAGCUGAGUUUGACCACCUAUAAUUUUUCUCAUUUUGAGCAGUUUAGUUUUUCUGGUUUUCAGAAAUGCAGCAAAUUAGAUCUGCACUAGUGUAUUCAGUUUCUGUUUUGAAGUAAGGAAAUUCAUUUUGUAGUGAAAAAAUCUCUUCUAGUGUUCAUCUUGGAAGUCUAAAUUCAGGUGAACAGACCAAUUUAGUGAGCUCCACUAGAUACUGGGUAGACAUUUUCUUCCUGCUGUAUAUUUUGGCCUUAUGUUGAGGAGUUUGAUUUAUUAUUAAAUUAUUUGUGUAUGCAGACUUUAAUCUGUACGUAUUUUAUUUUGAUGUAUUAGGAUUUGUAAAUAUUACUGAUUUUUAAAUAUUAUUUAUGCACAUACUUAAAGGACUGGUCUAUCCAGAAGAGCAAUUGCUAAAUAAUAAAUGUUACUUUUUAGAAAUAAAUUGCAAAAUCAUGAAAUUGUAUAUCCCUCAGGGUUAUUUUUAAAGUUUUUUUUCUUUUCCCUUCAGAUUCAAUUAGCAGUAACUCUAGUUUCAUGUACCAUAGAACUAAAUCUACUGUAAAAAGAAAGUGCUGCAAAUAAUGCUUGAGUAGAAGCAGCUAAAACACCCACAGAACUGACUGUCCAUAUUCAUUGUAACUUCAAAUUGGAAACGCCUACUGUUGCACUUUUAAAAAGUUGUUGGAUUUUUAAUUCUAUUUAUUUUUUUUCUUUCUUCAUGGAGGUUGUGCUGAACAGUCAUCCCAAAUUGGGUAAAUAAUCCUGUACUGUGUAUGUAUAUACAGUAUAAUACUAAACAGAUGUGGAGUCAUUUUUAUGCUACAAAUUUUUAAUGCUUAUGUUGGUCAUCGCAAAAUGAACUCAAGUCCUGUAGGAUUUCUCCCAUGAAAUUCUGAAUUGUAAACUUAGGUUUUUGUAUGUCUGAGGGAAAGCUGUGGGGUUUUGACAAUUUUUAGAGUCUUGAAUAUGUUAAUUUUAUACAGUAAAGCUUCAGGUUUUUAAAACUAUUUUCAACAAACUGCAGCUUGUUUAAUAAUUAUGUGAACCAGAAACUACUCAGUUUGUCAUGAAUUCCUCAAGCCUAACACAGAUUAAAAUGUUCAUCAUUUCAGCACUCUCUAGAAGCUCAGCUUCCUUUUUAUGUUUAGAUUUGAAAUGAUACUACAUCUUCGUAUUUAAAAUCUGUAUUGCUGCUCUAGAAUGGUACCCUGUUGUCAAGAGGCAUACAUAAAUAACUGUACAAUAGAAUUGUAAAUAGACUUGUAAAUCAUUUUUGUGACUGAAGCUCUUUGAAAAUAAAAUUAAAAUGAACAGAUAUUUUAACUCC